ACAACCCGCUAUCAUCCGUGCACAUUCAAACGCCUUCAAAUCUCCCCAGCGCCCGACAACAGGUCAUUCUCGAUUCCCCUCGUUAGUAUCCCCCCAAAUUCCACGACCUCCCCUCCCCUCCCCCAAAUCAAUCAAGCUCCGGCUCGCUCGGCCCCAGAUCGUACCGUGAGGAUGGCGGGGGCGGAGGCGGUGGAGAGGGCGCACGAGCUCUACCGGGGCGGCCGCCACCGGGAGGCGCUCGAGCUCUACUCGGCGGCGCUGGCGGCGGCGCGGGGCCCCGCGCAGCGCAUCGCCCUGCACAGCAACCGCGCCGCCUGCUACCUCAAGCUCCACGACUUCCACAAGGCUGCAGAAGAGUGCACAUCUGUCCUCGAGUUGGAUACCGAGCAUGCUGGAGCUCUGAUGCUACGUGCCCAGACUCUUGUCACUCUAAAAGAUUACCAGUCGGCUCUAUUUGAUGUAAACCGGCUAAUUGAGAUAAAUCCAUCCUCUGAAGUAUAUAGGAAUCUUCAUGCUCGACUGAAGACACAGCUGUCGCUAGCCCCCAUUCCAGAGUCUGAAGAGGAGUCCCUGUAUACUGAAGAAGACAAAGAAGAUCUGCCACCAAAAGACAAUACAAAGAAUGAGACUGUCGUUGUUAAGUCUGAUCAACCUUCUGCAAAAGUGAUUCUUGAGAAUAAACCUGUAACAAAAGCUCUGAAGGUUGAAGUGCCUCCCAAUCUGCCUUCAAAACCCGAGGGUGGGGGGACCAUACAAAAACCAAAGGGCCAUUCAGAGCUUGAUCACAAGGAACCUUUAACGGAAGCUCCAAAGGUUCAAGUGUCUCCCAGUCUGCCUUCAAAACCCGAGUGUCGGGGGACCAUCCAAAAACCGAAGGGCCAUUCAGGGCUUGAUUACUCGAAAUGGGACAAAGUUGAGGAUGAUUCGAGUGAAGAUGACGAGGAUGAUGAGGAAGAUGACUUGCCUCGGUAUAAAUUCAAAGUCAGAACCAUCGGUGUGCGUACCGUGAAGUGAAUGGGAUCAUCAAUAAAUAAGUUUAGUCCAUGGUCUGUGGAUAGCCGUUUGACAGCAUUCCUACUAACUUUGGUCCCAUCUGUUCGGUUACAUCUUGACAUACUUGGAUGAAGUGUUGCCGAUUGGUGUUUGUUUAACUCAAGCUCACCGGCGGGUGAAGACAUAAGUACCCGCUGCUCUCAUGCUCAGGUUUCUGGAUCUGGAAACUUAGCCGAGGAAACAAGUCUGGAGUAAAAUCAUGUUUUCAGCGCAGCCGUGGGAUGGAGCACAGCAUGCAAAUCCUGUAGGGAACCCCUUUAGAUUCAAGCUAACAAUCUUAGAUUCUUAGCCCAUUGUUCAUCUUCGUAGAUUUUAUAGCCUAGCAGUCUCUGUACAUAGAUUUUGUGCAUUCAUCAUGUAUAAAAAGCUUAUUUGUGUCUGCCCCAAGACAUCUUUCUCACAAUUUCAGCCUGCAAAUUUGAUGCUAAAAUUUCA